GACAACAGUUGGGAAACAAAAAAGAAGCAAAUACAGUAUCUUUAUCUUCCCGCGCGGUGCUAUGAAAAAUCCUACGAUAGGGAAGAACGAAUCAAAUCAACAAUCAUGGGAGAAUACGGUACAACUGUCACCGUAGUCGUUACAGUAGUGAACUUCCGCUGUUGGCUCGGCAACACCAUAGAGGACAACACAACACAACACGACACGACACGACACGACACAACACGACACAAGAUAUGGAGACGACACGGCAUGCCACACCAGCCAUGACAGCGAAACACCGAGCGGCGAGCGAGACCACCCCGUUGUUCCCGGCACCCCAAGGGAACCGGGCCGGCGGCAAUCUUCGGCAGCAACAGCAUCAAGGACGGGAGCGCUGGGAUGUUGUGCGGUUGUCCUUGGUGAUGCUGCUUUCCUCCCUUGUCGUCUUUCUCGCGGUUUUGCCAUUGCUUGCUACGGGCUCGGCCGGAAACCCGACACCGGAAGCAACAACAGCUAUGGCAGCAGCUCCAACAGCGACAACAACCAAUCUCCCCGAAGACGUUUCCUUCGAGGACUUUGUCCGAACCUUUGGCAAGGUCUACGAUUCGCCAGAAGAACGCGAUCGCCGCAGGGCCAUCUUCGAGAGGAACUCCGAACGGAUCCACGACCACAACCGGCAGCAGAAAGGCUGGACCAUGGGGAUCAACCAAUUCUCGGACAUGCUCCCGGAAGAGGUCCCCAAGGGCUUCGACAAGAGGCUUUCCCCAAGAGCGACACCGCACCGUUUUGCAUCGGGCAAAAACAGCAGCAGCGGCAGCGGCAGCAGCGGCGACACCGAUGGCAGGCGGCGGCGGGGCCUCGGCAGCAGUGGCAACGCCAACGCCAACGCCAACGGCCGCCCCUUUCCGGGCUGGAUCGACUGGAGGGAGAGGGGGGUGGCGACCCCCGUCAAGGACCAGGGAAUGUGCGGAUCGUGCUGGGCCUUUGCGGCCGUUUCCGCCCUGGAAUCCCACCUGGCCAUUGCGACGGGCAGGCUGGUCUCGCUCUCCCCGCAGGAACUGGGUAAGUGUGCAACGCAGUGCAACACGGAAACGACGGAAUCGCAACACUCCCUCGUGGACAACACCGAAUCGCACGGGCGCAAUGUAUGCAAUGCAGCAGAACCAUCGACACUCACAAACGCAUUUUCCGACACCAUGCUUUCAAACGAAUCGAAACAAAACAAAACAAAACAAAACGAAUCAAAACGAACCAAAAAUGAUAGUCUCCUGCGCUCCCAAUCCCAACCAUUGUGGCGGGAAGGGCGGAUGCUCGGGUUCCACCGGAGAACUCGCCUACGACUACGUCUCCAAGCACGGAAUCGUAUCGGAGUGGGUCGACGGAUACACGAGCUACGGCGGAGAAACCGGCAGCUGCACCGCCGCCGCCGCCAACAAGAGCAAUAGAAACGACAACGACAUCGACAACGACAACGAUAGCAGCAGCAGGAUCGGAGAUACCGCGAAGAUCUCGUACCUAGAGGACCGCGCCCUGGCAUCGGUGGACGGCUUUUUCUCGCUGCCGACCAACUCGUACGACGCCCUGGUCUCCGCCGUUGCCAUUGAGGGGCCCGUCGUCGUGACGGUAGCGGCCAACGAGUGGAUCCACUACGGGGGCGGGGUCUUUGACGACUCGAACGCAACGAACCACUACGACAUGAACCACGCGGUCGUCGUGGAGGGGUAAGAGAAUCGUUCACCGUGCGGUGCGCACUUGCGCGGAAGAGAAGAGCUGGGAUGGGGUUUGUUGUGCGUCGGAGCCCGGAGGAUGCACCGGGUUUCCAUUCGCAUUGCUUUCCUCUUGUUCGCCAAUCUGUAAAUCGAGAAACUAACACCUGAUCAUUUUUCUGAUUGAAUUCAAUCUGUCGACAAUCGCCACACGGGUUUGCUUCGGACUCGACUCGAUUCCCAAGAUACGGAACGGACGAGAAGACGGGGGAAGAUUAUUGGCUGGUCCGAAACAGCUGGGGCGCUCUGUGGUACGUACUCUCUGUUUACCGAAAAUUCUUCCCAGCAGAAACGCUUGCAAAGUUUUCUGUAUAGAUCCAUGCCAGAGAAGUGCGUUGCGUUGUUGUGGACCGCAUCGCCACACGCGUCUUCUUUUUGUGUUGUUCCGUGUCGAACCUCACCCAAUCCCAUUGACCCGCCCACUCCCUUUUCCGCUGCGCCGGAACGCCGCAACACGACCAAAAAACAAUCAACGUUUGUCAGGGGCGAAGACGGAUACAUCCGGUUGAAGCGCACCGACCCGUCCGCCCUCGCCAAGGGAGAAGGCGAUGGGCCGGACUCCCUGCUGUCCUCGGGGUACUGCAAGACGGACGUGACCCCCUUUCACGGGGUGGCGUGCGCCGGACCAAACGACGAAGGCGAAGACGCGGCGACCGGGGCCGGCGGCGGUCCGCCACCGGUUGCCUGCGGAACCUCGGGGAUCCUCUACGCGAGCGUGGUGCCGGUGGGGGCCCGCCUGGUGGGUCGCCAGGCAUAGCCAAGCCGAAGCGAGAGUGGCUAGUGCUUGCUGCCAGCACUGGUACAAUCCCGGUGACAGAACAACGGUGAAACGACAGCACCGGCAGGGAUGUGCAAGAAUGACGUCGUGAUGCCACGGAAAAAACGUAACGAAUCGAAACGUCUGCAAUACGACAACGCUCAACGAAGUGGAAUCUCGACAAGGACGACGGCAUCGGAGACAGCCGCCUUACAUUUCUGCCACUAUAUUGUACUCGGUCGGCAAACAAUUAGUGAGUGUUCGCGGCGCAUGGUGGGAAUGGUGGGCAGGAGGCCGAAAAAACUUAGCAGAUCGCGUUGGCAUGGGGAAUGCAAACAAAAGAAGCAGAACUCGAUCGGUUAUAUUUUGCGGCCGUUCAAUUGAUUCUGAGCAAGGGUGAUCCCUAUUGGCGUUGCACCAACUGACAGGGGAUCUAUUUUCAAUAACGGCACUGUUUUCGGAAAGAAGAUGUGGAGUUGGGCAGGUCUAAUGAAAUACUGCGUCAGUCAUCCAGUACAACCAUGCAAAAACAAUUUAUGGUUUUUAAUAUUUCGAAGAAUUGUAUCGGGAGACAGAUCGCAAAUGAUGGGCUCUACCGGUUUUGGACUGCUACGUCUAUGAACGAUAGAAUCCAUUAGAAGAGGAGAACGGGAGGUGGGAUCGUAUCGAACCAUUUUCUUGAACAUCGAUGUUGCUUCCGUUUGCCAUUUCACGUGGAACUCCCCAUGCGUUUGAUUGAGCAUCGAGCCGUUUGCGAUGUUCUGGAUGUUGCACGAGAACUCAGCCUCCAUCGAGAUCAUUGUUAAGAAUAUGGCGUGAGAAAGCCCGAAAGACAGCAAACAAAAUCUUUCGAGGUGUCACAUGAACCGCGAGGGCUAGAUACGGUAGAUUUAAAAAAUAGAACACACGUCCUCAUGUGCCUAAUAACGAACGGUACGUACGUCGUACGAACUUUAUUUUGAACAGAAAAUUAAGAGAGAAGAGCGAGCUUUCUCGAACGUGAUACUAUUAUUCUUAAACCCCCCCCCCUUUUUUCGUUUUGCACCCAAAUUAUCCUACCUUUUUUGUUUCGAAAUUCCGUCCAAACCCAUCACUUCGCUCAUCAUUCAUCAUUAUUCAUAAUCCUGUCCUAAUCAUUGAUCAGUAACGCAAGGAAUUUCUCUGGAACUCUAAACAUACC